AUGGAUUCAAUUACAAACUUCCUCGCCACCAUCGGCGAAGAAGUCGAAGAUGCAGAAGAGGAAUCCUUCCUCCUCUUCUCCCAAGACAUCCCCUCCGCCAACCUAGGCUUCGUCGACUCGCGCGCCACAACCAUCGACCUCACCAUCCACGACCAAGACUAUACCAUCCACCAAUCCCCUACUCUGUUAUCAUCUUCCAGAGCAGGCGGUACAACCGGUGCAGUCCUCUGGAAAAUCACUCCCCUCAUCGCAGAAUGGCUCUCCAACAACACCACAACCACCACCACCACCACCAACAAACCCAACCCCCUCUGGACACACAACAUCCUAACUCCGACCUCCACAAUCGUCGAACUCGGCAGCGGCAUCUCCGCCCUCCUAGCCCUAUCCCUCUCCCCCAAGAUAGCGCACUACAUCGCCACAGACCAGGAAUACGUGCAGAGAUUAUUCCGGCAGAAUCUGGACGAGAACGCCAACACCAUCACCACAAGGGGAAGUAAGUCCAAGUCGGGGAAGAAAUCCAGCAAAGCUUCUUCAUCCUCAGCAGCACGGAGAUCUCAACCGGGAAAUGGGAAUGGAAGUAGCAGUAAUGUGAUCUUCACCUCUUUGGAUUGGGAACUAGAUGUUGCGGACUCACUUAAAGAGAGUUUGGGGCUGUGCACAGCCACCGCUGGCAGCGGUAAUGAUGGUGAAGAGGAGGAGGACGAGGACGAUAAAGGCUUCGACGUGGUGGUGUCUUGCGACUGUAUUUAUAACGAGGCGUUGGUUGCGCCGUUUGUGCGCACGUGUGCGGAUUUGUGUCGGUUGAGGCCGGUGUAUGCCCCUCCUGUUGAUGGGGAGAGGUCUAGUGCGACGGGGAGGACGCCGACGGUGUGUGUGAUUGCGCAGCAGCAGCGGUCGCCGGAGGUGUUUGAGGCGUGGUUGCGGGAGACGCUGAGGGUGUUUCGGGUGUGGAGAGUGAGUGAUGAGAUGUUGGGGGAGAAGUUGAUGUCGGGGUCGGGGUAUUUGGUGCAUGUGUUGGUUUUGAGGUAG